CCGCUUGGCUCCGUCAGUCUGCGAUCUACCGGCAAGGAAGCCACCUGCUCUGGACUCUCUUGGCCCUCCUAGUCCAGCGAAACCGACGACGAGUUCACCCAGCCACCGAGAUGCGCGACAAGAGCCAGGAGCCCUGUUGCCUGCCCCUGAAGGAGGAGUUCCAACGCUCCAAGUUCUCCCUGCACCACGAUGAUCCUGGCGUCUUCUGUCGCUCGCAAUGGCAGAAGGGCGAUCGCAACUUCAUCUGGCUGCUCUACCGAUGGAUUCUGGCUGCCUUCUUCGCCGCCGGCGUGAUUGGCAGCAUGGUUCAGACCUUCAACGGUGGUCGCUGGUUCAUUUAUCUCACGGAUUGGGGAUUUUCCCUGUGCUUUUAUUGCUGCACCUAUGGCGCCAUAAUCGCCACCAUCUACUUCAUAAAGCCCUCUUACUUCGCUCCUGGCAGUUGGGCAUUGAAGAUCUACUGGAUAUCCCACUACACAACUGUGGUUCUAGCCAUGAUGAUCACCCUGGUCUUCUGGGCCGCCCUAUAUCCAUCUAUGCCUGGAAUGGGUGCUGAGCUAUACAACUUGUGGGCGCAUGCGUUUAACUCCGUUUGCAUGGUCUUCGAUUGCUUUAUGGUGGCUUUUCCCACCAGAAUUAUGCACUUCGUGUAUCCCUUUACCGCUGGCAUUACCUAUGGAAUAUUCUCUCUGAUUUACUUUUGGGCUGGCGGUGUAGAUCCAAUGGGAAAUCGCUUCAUCUACUUCAUCUUAGACUGGGAGCGACCAGGUCUGGCCAUUGGAACUGUGUGUGGAUGUGUGGUUCUGGUCAGCUGCUUUUGUGUGUUGGUCUUUGGAAUCUACAGGUUACGUAUCUCAAUCUACGAAUCGUGCUGUAAGAAACCUGAGGAAAUUCCAGCUACUUCUGCUCCAUCUAAAGAACCAGCACAAACCGUUUGAGUCUAGUUAUAACGAUUUUAUUUGGAUUCCAAAAAAGAAGGCUGUGGAUUUUUAAAAAGCUAUUAAAUUUCGAUAAUUUUUUGAAUGACCUGCAGAGGCUCUACUAUAUAUUUUCAAAUAAUCUACCUCCAUAAACCCAAGCAUCGGAGGACUCUUCUUAUUUCUGAGCAAUGGAAUAUUCACAGAAUGCUCUUCGCCACGAAUUUGUUGUUGAAUGAAUGAAUUAUUGUUUAAAACUUCAAAUUGAACUUGUGUUAAUGUUACUAAUGGAUAGCCAAGUAAACAAUU